AUGGCAGAUGACCGGCCCUCAACACCGCCGCCUCCACAGGCACAACCCGCGCGGACAGAACUCACCCCCGGACAACUAGAGCGAAUCGAAAUCAACCGCAUGAAAGCAAAAGCCAUCAGGGAGCAGCGCGAAGCCGAAGCACGCGCCGGCUCUGGCAUAUCCCCCUCCAAACCAACCCAGGGCGUAAAACGGUCCUACUCCUCCCUCACCUCCAGCGCUGAAGAAACCCCUUCUACACUGCGCGAUGCGAACAAUAAUGAUGCGGGCCGGCCGCUCAACUCCAUAAAGCCGGCGCGCAAUUUCACGAAAUUCGUCGAGUAUGACUUCAGCACGAUGACGGAUACGAAAGGUGGGUUUCUCGCGGAGGAGGACGAUCCUUUUAACAAGGCUUUACAUGUCCGGGACGGGAAGGGCGGGGAGGAUCAGAAGCCGGCGCAUAUGACGCAGAAGGAGUGGGAGCGGGAGCAGCUGCUUCGGUCGUUACGGCGGGAUAAGGCGGGCCCGUUUGAGCCUGGGAUUAGUGUGUUGGAUGAAAAGAGCGAGCAGAAGGCUUGUCGCGAGUGUGGAGGUUUGGAGAUCGAUUGGAAGUGGGAGGAGGAGUUGAAGUGUCUGGUUUGCCAUGCUUGUAAGGAGAAGUUUCCGGAGAAGUAUAGUCUUUUGACGAAGACGGAAGCGAAAGAGGAUUAUCUUUUGACGGAUCCUGAGCUCCGCGACGAAGAACUCCUCCCGCAUCUCGAACGACCAAAUCCACACAAAUCAACAUGGAACAAUAUGAUGCUAUACCUGCGCUACCAAGUCGAAGAAUACGCGUUCUCGCCCAAAAAAUGGGGCUCGCCAGAUGCACUAGAUGCGGAGUUCGAGCGACGCGAAAACGAGAAAAAGCGACGGCGCGAAACAAAAUUCAAGACAAAACUCGACGACCUUAAGAAGCGGACGCGGGUUGAGGCGUAUCGGCGCAAUCGACAGGGUGCUGCGGGGGGCACGUUUGGUGAUGAGAUUGGGAGUGGUGGGAGGCAUGUACAUCAGUGGGGGAGAUCGAUCCAGGACCCCGAGACGGGGAUUGGGACGAAGAAGUGUGUGGAUUGUGGGAUGGAGGUUGAGGAGUUGGAGUUUUGA